AUGGGUUACACCGACGUUGACAGGCUGGCCAUCAACACGAUCCGUGUUCUUGCUGCCGAUGCCACCGCUCAUGCCAACUCCGGCCACCCUGGUGCGCCUAUGGGUAUGGCUCCCGUUGCUCACGUCCUUUUCAACAAAUUCAUGAAGUUCAACCCCAAGAACCCCAAGUGGCUGAACCGUGACCGAUUUGUCCUCUCCAACGGCCACGGCUGCAUGCUCCAGUAUGCUCUGCUGCACCUCUUCGGCUAUGCCCUCUCCAUGGACGACCUGAAGGCCUUCCGAACUGUUGACAGCAUCACCCCCGGUCACCCUGAGGCCCAUGACACCCCCGGUAUCGAGGUCACCACUGGCCCUCUCGGCCAGGGCAUUUGCAAUGCCGUCGGUCUUGCCAUGGCCCAGGCUCACACUGCUGCCACCUUCAACAAAGAUGGCUUCCCCAUCGUCGACAACUACACCUACUGCUUCCUCGGUGACGGUUGCUUGAUGGAGGGUGUCUCCAGCGAGGCCUGCUCCCUGGCCGGUCACCUGCAGCUCGGCAACCUCAUUGCCAUCUGGGACGACAACCACAUCUCCAUUGACGGUGACACCAACGUUGCCUUCACUGAGGAUGUUGCCAAGAGGUACGAGGCCUACGGCUGGCACGUUGAGUACGUUCACGACGGUGACAACGACCUCGAGGGCAUCGAGAAGGCCAUCCAGAAGUGCCGCGAGGUCAAGGACAAGCCCUCCCUGAUCAAGCUGAGGACCAUCAUUGGCUUCGGCUCCAAGCAGCAGGGCACCCACGGUGUCCACGGCUCCCCGCUCAAGGCCGACGACAUCAAGCAGCUCAAGGAGAAGUUUGGCUUCAACCCCGAGGAGAGCUUCGCCGUCCCUCAGCAGGUCUACGACAUGUACCACAAGCACUCCGCAGAGGGCGCCGCUGCCGAGGAGGAGUGGAACAAGCUGUUCGCCAAGUACGGUGAGCAGUACAAGGCCGAGCACGCCGACCUGUCUCGCCGCCUGAAGGGCGACCUGCCCGAGGGCUGGGAGAAGAACCUCCCCGUCUACACCCCCAAGGACGCCGCCGUCGCCUCUCGCAAGCUGUCCGAGACCGUCCUGUCCAAGAUUGUGGAGGCCAUCCCCGAGCUUGUUGGUGGCUCUGCCGAUCUGACUGGCUCCAACCUGACCCGGUGGAAGAGCGCCGUCGACUUCCAGCCCCCCGCGACUGGCCUCGGCGACUACGCCGGCCGCUACAUCCGCUACGGUGUCCGCGAGCACGGUAUGGGUGCCAUCAUGAACGGUAUGGCCGCCUACGGCACCGUCCUCCCCUACGGUGGUACCUUCCUGAACUUCGUCUCCUACGCUGCCGGUGCCGUCCGUCUGUCGGCUCUGUCCCAGGUCCGCGUCAUCUGGGUUGCCACCCACGACUCCAUCGGUCUGGGCGAGGACGGCCCUACCCACCAGCCUAUCGAGACCCUGUCCCACUUCCGUGCUCUCCCCAACUGCAUGGUCUGGCGCCCUGCCGACGGCAACGAGACCAGCGCUGCCUACUACAUUGCCCUCACCUCCAAGCACACCCCCAGCAUCCUGGCUCUGUCCCGCCAGAACCUGCCGCAGCUCGAGGGCUCCACCAUCGAGCGCGCCAUCAAGGGCGGUUACGUCCUGCACGAGGUUGAGGGUGCCGACGUCACCCUUGUCUCGACCGGUUCCGAGGUCUGCAUCUGCAUUGACGCCGUCAAGGAGCUGGCUGAGAAGCACAACAUCAAGGCCCGUGUCGUCUCGAUGCCUUGCUUCGAGGUCUUUGACACCCAGUCCAAGGAGUACCAGCUCUCCGUCCUGCCCGACGGUAUCCCUUCGCUGUCGGUUGAGGUCAUGAGCACCAUGGGCUGGGAGCGCUACACCCACGAGCAGUUCGGCCUGAACCGCUUCGGUGCUUCUGGUGCCUACAAGGAUGUCUACAAGGCAAGUUUCACGACCCCCUUUUUACUACAGCUUUUCAAGAUGACUAACAGCUAUAUACAGAAGUUCGAGUUCACUCCCGAGGGCAUCGCCAAGCGCGCUAUCGCCACCGUCGAGUUCUGGAAGGACGUCCCCAACGUCCGGUCACCCAUCAACCGUGCGUUCCAGCAGAUUCUGUAA